AUGUCGCACGCACGUUCUGAAGCGUCGCCAACGCCAACGAAGCACCGCAACGGUAUCAUUCGCGCUUUAUCGAGCUUCUCGAAGCCUGUGGAGGAAUGGGGUGUUAGCAACGUGCCAGUCCUGUCUACAUCGGUCACGCCCAGGAGAGAACGAACUUCAGCGACCCAGUCGCGACGGAAUAGUGACAGUAGCAGAACUACUGCACCCUCGCCCUAUAGGCUAGAUCGAGCAGAUAUCUUCAAUUCCCCGUCUCGCGUACCGCCCAUUUCGCCUUUAAGUAUUGCCACAGUAUCGACUUUCGGUGGCUGGAUAUCAGAGCGCGUGAACGAAGACGAUGCGGUGGAUGACAUCUUCAGUUCGCAUAAUGAUGUGAAUUCGGCUCGGAGGCCCUCAGGAAAUACCUCCAGUCAUCACAUUCAGUCCGUUACGCCGUCGCGACACGAGUACACAAUUCCCAAGCCACCCUCAGUCAGCCUCACUGGAAGCCUCCGCCGUGGUCUUGACACCGGCAUACACCCGUUGCGCAUGAACCCGCCGUCACCUUCGCCCUCGCUUUCAGUUGAAGCGACAAACACACAGGAUCGACAAACUUCUACCAUUACUCUAUCACCAAGCCCCAGCAAGAUUCUGUUACCAUCGACUCUGAGCUUUGAUGACACAGCCUCAAAAGUCUCUCGAGAAACUAUCAGCACCCGACGCAGUCGCCGCACACUCCUCGAGGUGAACAUCGAGGCGGCCAACAAUGACAUUAGGCCCCACGACGAGGAGUUUGAGCAGAAGAAAGAGGAGCCGGUGGGAAUCGGAGCCGGGAAACUGGUGUCUGUUGACAAGCACUGCUCGUUCCCACGCGAUGUCGGCUAUGUUGAAGCUAUGCGUCUUUGGUAUGAAGAUAAAGAGAAUGAAGCAUUGGAGACCUGUCACCGUCAUCGCAAGGAUGCGAGGAGGGCUGGAACUGCCAGUUGUGCACUGACGAGUAUGAAUGCCAAUCAGCGGCUUUAAAUGGGCUGAUAACUCUGCAUGGAGGCGAAGCGGAUGCUGGGAUAUUCUGCGGACGCGCGGCUUAGAUCGAGAGCAAGGUGAAG